AUGAUCAUCGAACUUGGUUGUCCAUAUCGACAGGUUAAUUACAAAGGGAGAACCGUCUUGCACAUUGCAGCAACAAUAGACGGGGACCCUGGUUAUGAUAAUCAUGGAAAGGCCAUGACUCGACUAGAGUUUUUCCUCCAGCCAUCCAUGCAUUUCGAUGUAAACGCAAGAGACAAUGACGGAAUUACUCCAUUACAUCUAGCAUCAGCUGUUUCGGAUGUGAAUGCCCUGACUUUGAUUGAACACGGCGCUGAUGUUCAGGUUAAAGACCGCCAAGGUCGUAUCCCUCUUCAUUAUGCUGCCGAGGCAGGUCAAAGCAAUGUCGUUGGUCUAUUGACGGAGAUUCACCAGCAACAGUCAAUUUCAAUUGAUCAACAGUGCGUCAAAAGAAGGUCUGCCUUGCAUCGGGCCUCUCGGUCAGGCAACUCGGAGGCAGUCAAGCUUCUGCUCGAUGCAGGCGCAAACCCCUCCUUGGUCGAUGAGCGAGGGCGAACAGCCUUGCAUGCAGCUGCGGAAUUCGAAGAACAAACCCACGCUCAGAGAUCGCAGACUCGAUACAAUGCCGAGCCUCCUUUGUUGAUGAAACCAAAACCUCGUUUCCAAGACAUCAGGAAAGAUCCCUGGUUGGCGAAGGAUGCAUUAUCUCGCAUGGAGCUUGAAAUCUCGGACGAAGAAGAUGUCAAAGACAUUCGACAGGUGGUUCGUUACCUCCUUGCUGCCGGAACAGAUCCUCACCAAACUGAUGAGUUUGGUCAUCGGCCAUCGGACGUGGCUGUGAUGCUGAGAUGCUUCCCGGUUGUUGAUGAGUUGAAACACUCCAUCACUGAGCCCGUAUUGCAAGCUUUGAGUCCACUUCAUGAGUUACUAAUGACCAUGAACGAUGCUCAGAUUCAGAAGUUGACAGAGUCCGUUCAAGUGCCAGAUGAUAAAGUUCAAUUUCUGGAGCAGGCUUUUGCAACGGGCAACGAUCGUCUUGUUGAGGAGCUUGUCCGAUGCAAAAGUCUGAAGCUGGUUGAGGAAGAGGGAAGGCGACAAAAUUCGAGUUUGUUCUGUCUCGCAAAAUUGGGUCUGACAUCGAUGAUGGAGCGACUAUUACCUUAUGUGGAAAAUGUCGCAGAUCUGCUUCCUUCUCUGAUGGAGCAUGCAGCUAAGCGGUCUCUAUGCAACUUAGAGAUGGUUAAGCUUCUGGUUAAGCAGUCAAUGAUACAUCCAGACAUCGUCUCAGAAGAGGGACUACAGCCUGUCUCCUCAGAUGUGUCAAAAGAUGUGCUUCAGGGAAACAAAUCUAGAUUUACGACAUCUUUGAUUGAAUUCUCGGCUGGCAGACACUGGUGGCACCCUCGUGCCCUUGCAAUCCUUCUGGAGGCUAGUGAAUAUUUGGAAGGGAGUUUACAAGAUACAACUGGUGCUCUUCAGAGCGCCUUGUCGCCUUCAAGUGGCGCUGGGUUCAUACCACGCCAUAAAUGGAACAACCAAACACUUGAAAUACUGCUUAAAGAUGGCGCCGAUCCCAAUGGUUCUCAGGAGAAGCGUGAUUGUGCACCUCUGACCGCGGCCAUUCGGGGUCAGUGUGAUGUAGAAACCAUCAAACUCCUUAUCAAUCACGGGGCGUCGCUGCAAAACAGACUAGAAAAUCCUAUUAACUGGGCAAUCUACAGUCAUAACCUUGCCGUCCUCGAGAUACUCUUGGAAGCUGGCGCUGAUCCGAACAAUCCAGAAGAGGGCGACCGAUUCCCUUUGCUACAAGCCGGUGAAAAAUCGAGACACGGCCAUGGCGAUGCUGCCUUGUCUCUUCUCCUCAAAUAUGGCGCAGACCCUCUCCGGUUGACAAAGGAUGGAUCGACAGUGUUUCAUCAAAUUUGCUGCCGCAAUUAUCCGGUCCAGCCUUUCCUGGCAUUGGGGAUAGACCUGGAAAUGGUGACUGAGCAUGGAUGCACUCCACUCAUGGGUGCUAUCGAAAAUUGGUGGAACAUAGAGGAAAGCUCAUCGGCAAUUGAUUUGAUCGAAGCUGGAGCAAACGUUCACGCGAUUGAUCACAGCGGAAACACCCCCCUGCAUCAUGCCAUCAUUCAUGGCAAUGUACGCAUCACCAAAGUUCUCUUGGAGCGAUCAGCAUCAGUGUCGAAACGCAACAAUGAAGGAUGCACGCCCAUGGGUGAAGCCUUGAGACUUUAUACCUGUGAGAACUCGCGAACUCGAUGGUAUAGCAUCAUAAAUCUCCUCUUGAGUGCGGGAUCAAACCCACUAGAGGUUCUCACGGAUGGCAGAACGGCGCUUCAUUGCAUUGCCACUGUCCUCAUGGAUUCAAGUAACAUUGAUCGAGAGGAGCAAAUUGAGGAGAACGAUGGCGAAGAUCACUUCAACGAGGCAAUGAAGCUAUACCAAAUUUUCCUUGACGCAGGAUGUGACCGCGAGGCGCGUGACAACAAGGGAAAUACUCCUAUUUUCUAUUACGUGAAUGCGCCAAAGGCGUAUCGGGGUCAUGACUUUCCUGAUUUUGCUCGUCCGCGUCACACGAAUCCCGAUGACUAUGCGAAAAUGUUUUCGGAGCAUGAUAUCAACAAGUCCAACAACGAUGGCGAUACACUGUUGCACGUUAUUGCUGGUCGAGAGGAAAGCCUCUGCGACGCAGACGAGGGCGAAGAGUUGUUUCAGGCUCUUGUGGACUUGGGACUGAGUCCUUGGAAGGAGAAUAGUAGUGGCAAGACGGCUUUGGAUGUUGCUGCGAGUCAAGAAAAGACGGAGAUUUUGGCUUUGUUUGCUCGUGACGAAUGA